UCCCUAUCUUCCUCUAUCCCAUCACAGAACAGGCUCAGAUUCAGAAUCGCUGACUGUUCAGGAAAAGGGAAAAUGCGCGACACAAAGUAUUAGUCGUGAUAACCGGUGGUGUAAAAUCGCUCUAGUUGACUUGCAGACACUCCCACCUCUAAACAGGUGUUCCCUUCUGGAGAGCGCCGGAAGAGAGACUCGGACGGGAUUGGCCACCGUGCUUUCGCUCUCUUGCAUUGGCCUCAAGGCGUGUGCUUUCGGAAUCAAAGCCGAAACAUUUUUUUUACCAAGUUGCUUGUGAAGGUUGACUCAAUAAGGAAGCGUGGAGCAUGUGAAGAUCAUUUCAGAUUUUUUUUCCCUCCCGUGAAUCUCGAUUGUUGUAUACGCUUGUAUUAUUACGCAGAAAUGUACGUCUGUCAGGGAAAGUAAGGGCACAUCAACCGAGUAACUGAGGCACGAAUUGUACCUUGAACUGCAGGCAGUGGAAGGAAAGGUUGGACUCUACUGGUGCUUGAAGUACUGUACCGGUAUAAAACAUGGGAAGGAGACGCAUAGAUACCUACAAAGAAGAUUUUACUUUUGUCAGCCGGAUAGUUAAAUAUCUGCUUUUUAUUUUUAACAUGAUCUUUUGGAUAAUUUCAUUGGUAAUGAUUUCAGUUGGUGUGUAUGCAAGAUUAAUGAAGCAUGCAGAAACCGCUAUGGCGUGCCUUGCUGUGGACCCUGCCAUCUUGUUAAUGAUCAUUGGAAUAUUAAUCUUCCUGAUCACAUUCUGCGGCUGCAUCGGCUCCCUGAGAGAGAACAUCUGCCUCCUUCAGACCUUCUCCAUCUGCCUGACGAUCAUCUUCCUGCUGCAGCUGGCUGCCGGGAUCCUGGGGUUUGUCUUCUCUGAUAAGGCACGGGGGAAGGUGACUGAAGUGAUCAACAAUGCAAUAGUUCAUUAUCGGGAUGAUCUGGACCUGCAAAACCUUAUUGAUUACGGUCAGAAAGAGGUAACAAGAAGACUGAUGCAUGUACUCCUGGUGGUGCAGGCGGUGAUCAACACCAUGUGUGGCCAGGGGAUGCAGGACCUGAACUACCAGCAAGCGGAGGCCUUCAUCCACACCAAUGGCUGCAUUGACAAGCUGGUGAACUGGAUCCACAGCAACCUGUUCCUGCUGGGAGGCAUAGCGCUGGGACUCGCCAUUCCACAGCUGGUUGGGAUCCUCCUCUCCCAGAUCCUGACCAAUCAGAUCAAGGACCAGAUAGAGCUGCAGAAAUACAACAUGCAGCACCGCUCUGACCCCUGGCAUUGACAUCUCUGAUGCAACACGGACUACUGUACCUCUUCUCACAGACUGUUGUAGCCCUUUUUCUCAGUUUUUACUCUUUUAACUGUUAAGAGGACCGGCUGAGCUACAGGCAUGCAGUGCUGUGGACAUUAUCAGGGCAGAUCCUUGAUUUCAGGUUAUCCUCCUUCUGUGUUGUCAUAGCUUUCAUGCAAGACAUCCCUGUUUUAAGCAAAGGUCCUGUGUCAGGUGGAUGAGAGUAGUGAACAGUAGCAGGCUGCUCUGUCUGGUCGUGAGUCCCAGAGAUAUACAGAAUUUCCAAAAGCACAUAUACUGUAAGUCUGAAAGAGGAAAACAAGUUGUACUGUUGAAUGCUGAGGCCCUUGGCUCUGGUGGAGAGAUUAUGGCAGUAAUGAAAGCACCAGUGGUGUAAACAUCCAGCACUGUGAAAACAUCCAGCACCUGGAAAGGAAUAAUGCAGAAUUAUGCACAUGAUUAAAGAAGAAAAUGCGUAUUUCUUACACCUAUGUUUGACAUUGUGAGCGGGCUUGCAGUUUUUUAUAAGAUGUCUAAAAAACACAGAAGGAGAAAUUAGAUACAAAGGGAAUUGGUCUCUUAACCUUUUCUGUACUGUUUCUUCUUGAUCAGUUACAUUUUCACUGCCAUGUUGCAGGAAGCAUCACUUGCCUUUUGUGAGAAGUGUAGGGAUGGUUUGAGUGUAUACACUAUUCUUGCUGUUCAUUACCAGAACACGGUAUUUAAGUGCCUACAUAACUAAAACAGACUUUAAAAUAUGCUAAAAAAAAUUAAAUCAAAGACAGUAUUUAAAAAUCUUGCAUUAGUACAGUAAUUUCAAGCUUGAAGUACUGAAAACUUAUAAAUGUAAGAAAACGUUACAAAUGAGAAAAGGCCAUUUGGCCCAUCUGCAGUACAACGUUUUAUAGUUAAUAGGUGAUCAAUCCAUGGAUCUCAUCCAGGCAUUUUUCAAAAAAGGUCAGGCUUCAACAAGAUGACUGAGUGGUUUGUUCCAUUCAUCAACAGCGUGGUGUAAGGAAUGCCUCUCUUCUGUUCUCAGUUUUAAGUAAACUUCCAUAUAAUUUAUACAAUGCUGCCUUUAAAGCAAAACUAAUGCUGGACAGCCAUGACCCCCGAAUUUCCUGUAACACGUUCUGUUUUAAUUGAAGUUUUGCCCACAUUAUUGGUAAAUAAACUUUUUCUUGUUGUCUCAUGCCCCUGUAUACUCUCUUGACAGGCUAUUUCUAUCAAAGCUCUUAUGUGAAAUAUUUAUCAGUAUGUUUCAUUAUUUCAGCUGUCCUUUUUAUUCUUUUUUUCAUAACUUAUCCUAUGUAUUACAGCUGUAAAUUUUACCAUGUAAGUACAAAGGUUGUACAGCCUUUUUGAAAAGCCCUCAUAAAACUUCAGAAAGAUUGUGUAAGAUAAUGUUUGCGAUGUUAGAACUUCGUUACAUUAGUGUUUUUGUACAUUUUUGAAUGACUUUUCCUAUAGACAUGAAAUACAAUUUAAUGAAAUAAAAAAUUGGCUGAAUGACAUCCUCUUGGUUGGGCGUAAUGUUCAGCACUCAGGCAGUUAAAGUUGUAACUAUUGCUAAAACAUGAACUAAAAAGACAGAUUAGAUCAUUAUUAAUGUUUUUCUUUUAAUAAAGAAUGAGUUCUAUGAAGAACUGUUUAAGUUCGGUUGUAUAUAUCUUCUGUUUUUAAUAUUUGCCAUGUAUGUUCUCUAUUUAUUACUUUUAAACCACAGUUUUAACCUCGAACUAAAAAAAACUCAUUAUAUGCUGAGCCUCAAAAUAAACUUACCACUUGUAACUGCAACAAUGUCUCAAAGUUAUCUGAAAAAUGAAAGUCGU